AUCAUGGAAUCGUUCCUUUCAGCGUCGAAGAAAAGCUUGUCAAACUUAUCGGUCUACAAAAAAGUCCGUAUCGUCCUGGGUAACGGCACAUGCGAUUUAGAUUCUGCCGUGUCCGCCUUGGCUCAAGGUUAUUCCGAAUAUCUUGGUAAAAAGAAAAACGCCGAAACAGAUAUGGCGGUGAUACCGUUAAUGAACAUAUUCGAGAGGGAAUAUCGCGUUAAAACGGAAGUGAUAUACUUUCUGAAUCAUCACAACAUCCCCACGAGUCUAUUGACAUUUCGGGAUCAGAUAGAUUUAAAAGGGUUGAAAGACGAGGGUGUUGUUACUCUAGAAACCAUACUCGUCGAUCAUCACAGCCUCCCGGACGAGGAUGCUUUUCUAACGGACACUGUGAUCGAGGUCAUCGAUCAUCGACCGCGUGAUGCGAACUGGCCUUGGCUCAAGAGUAAAGUGCACAUAGAAACUGUGGGCAGUUGCGCCACUCUGGUGGCAAGAAAUAUUCUCUCCAAACAUCCGGAUGUCGUGGACCCCGUUCUGGCGAGUUUUUUACGAGGUCCGAUCUUGAUCGAUACAUGUAAUUUCUCGAAGGAGGCAGAUCGCGCCACUUCCACUGACGUCCAAGUGGUGGAACAACUGGAAACGAUCGGUCGACUAAGUAUCGCUCGAAAUGUCACGUUCGAUGAAAUUAUCCGUGCAAAAACCGAUAUCAGCGAAUUAACUCCCGAUGAUCUUUUAAUCAGAGACUUGAAGGUUGCCGCAGGGGUGCCAAUCGUUGGAUUACCAAUUCUGGUCAAGAAUUUCGUCGAAUUAGAAAAUGUGUUCGAGGUUCUUCGAAAGUUCGCUGUGUCUAGAGACACCACGAUCGUCGUAUUGCUCGGGAUGCAAGUGAUUACUGAGAAAUUGUCUCGAGAUGUCGGUAUUUUUUCACUGACUACCGACGAAUUGAAAACGAAGAUGAUGGAAGCGCUCACGUUAUCCGCAGAAUCGUCACUGGACUUGACGUUGACAACGGAAAUCGAAGAUAAAAGUGGUGGUGAUGCCAGCUUAUCGUUGUAUACACAGGGAAAUUUACGAGCCACCCGGAAACAAAUACUGCCGAUCGUUCGGAACACGAUGACGUCACAGUGUCGAUGUUGAGAGGAAAUAUUCUAAAGCAUUACUUACGUCUUUGGACGUUGGAAACCACUGACCGCGCAUCGCCAAAAAUUGUAAUUAAUAGUAUUCAAGAUAUCUGGUAAUCAA